AUGACUUUCGACAACGAGAAGACUCUUCCACUUCGCGACGAUCCGCUUACAUUUCCCAGAUUCCUUACUUCCCCAGUCGUUGAAAUUGAAGUGGGCGAAGGUGAUGGCCAGAUGAUUCUCACGGCUCAUCAGACUCUACUCCUGGAAUCGCCCUUUUUGAAACAAUUAGUUGAUGAAUUUGAUGAAUCAGGCCCACGUCGCAUUAAACUUCCCACCGAGAACGUCGAGGCCUUUAGCUGCUUUCUUGAGUUCCAGUACACCCACGACUACACCGUCGCCCAGAGUGAAGGCCCAGAACCAUCGAAUAUAAAUGAUGACAGUGGAGAGCAGCUGCUCAAACAUGCUCGAAUCUACACCCUGGCUGAAAAGCUAGGCAUGCCCGGCUUGAAAAGCUUGGCGCACAAGAAGAUUCACACCCUAAACGGUACACCGCUUGGAGAGCUGUCUUAUGCGCGCUACGUCUACACGCACACACGUGCUGAUGAUACUACGAUCCGGAAACCUGUCGCUUCGUACUGGGCUUCCCGGGGUCACGUUCUGCGCCAUGACCUCACCGAAAAAUUCAAAACCCUGUGUACCGAGGUACCGGAAUUCACUUAUGAUGUACUCUCAAUUAUCCUGGAUCGCAAGAAGACCGGUCAGGCAGACAUUGAGUCUGGCGUCCGUGGCAGUGCCCGGAAACGACUUCGCAGCGAGAAAUAA